GUCGGGGAGUGGCUCUGACUGACCGAGCGACCGGCCAUGGCGCCUGGCGGAGCUCGGGGGCCGACGCCGCGCUGGGUACUAUCCCUCGGCGGCGCCGCGCUGUUCCUGCUGCUCAUACCGGCGGCCGCCGCGCAGGAGCCGUCCGCAGCGGCUUGUUCUCAGAACACAAACAGAACCUGUGAAGAGUGCCUGAAGAAUGUCUCUUGUCUUUGGUGCAACACUAACAAAGCAUGUUUGGACUACCCAGUUACAAAAAUCUUGCCACCUGGUUCUCUUUGUAAACUGAGUUCUGCACGCUGGGGUGUUUGCUGGGUGAACUUUGAGGCCUUGAUUAUUGCCAUGUCGGUGUUGGGGGGAUCCAUCCUCCUGGGCAUCGCUGUCUGCUGCUGCUGCUGUUGCAGGAGGAAGAGGAGCCAGAAGCCAGACAAAAGUGACGAGAAGGCGAUGAGAGAGCGGGAAGAGAGGCGGAUACGGCAGGAGGAGAGGAGAGCAGAGAUGAAGUCAAGACAUGAUGAAAUAAGAAAAAAAUAUGGUUUGUUUAAAGAAGAAAACCCAUAUGCUAGAUUUGAAAACAACUGAAACAUGCUCCGACACGCCAGGCAAUCUCAGAGCUUCCUGUGGCUCCUCAGCACGGCUCAGCAGGGAGGAUCACCCUGCUCCCCAACAAUGUGAACCUGCCAGCCCUUCGCAAUGGGCCAUUGGGGGCUGCCCUGAAAGGACAAUCCUGCCCUUGUCCCUGCAAACUAGUGACCUUCUGUUCCCUGUUAUCUUUCUACAUUUAGUCACUUUUGAAUUAAACUUGUCGGGUUGGGUUUUUUGUUUGUUUUUUUUAAGGAGGAAAUGUACCUGUUCCACCACUCUUCUCGAUCUGUGAGCUAAUUGCAGACUAAGCAGCCCAGUAGCACUGACACGCGCACGCAGUCCUGCAGCUGCAGCAGGGUUCUCAAGCUCCUCUCUGCCCACUCACAAGCUCCACACACACCCCACAAAAGUCAUUUCAUUCUAUCUUAGGAAAACUGCCAGUCCCUCAUCAUCUAGCCAUAAAGCCGCGGAAAGUAGGCGUGUCAAGAGACUGUCCACACACUGACAGCUGACCUGCUUAUAAGACCACUCCCAGCUUCCAGGUGUGCUCUGGCUCCCGUGAAUUCUGAGAAUUUCAGAAUCACCUUCUCUGUAAAUUUGUCAGUGAGAACCCAGGUACCUCGUGGUACUGUACAUGAUACACAUUUCUUUAAAAUCCAGACACAUGACUUAAGUAAAUAGCACUUCAUGGCAGGGAAAGCAGUGUGCAAUGAAGUAACUGUGUGAAGAGAAAUUUGAAAGUAGCCUGUUGCCAGAUUGCUUUGAAAUUUAAAAAUUUUGCUUUGGGAAAAUAGGUUGGCAGCAUGUAAAAUAAGUGAUGCAUUCCAUUCUCAGAGAUGAUAAUGCUGUUAGAAAAAACUGUCUUCAGCAUCAAAUAAAGCUCACAGGCAGAUCACUAUGAUCCAGAAUCCUUUAGGAAAUCAUCGAAGAGCUUAAUACACCUUUUUAGACUGUGUAUCUACCGUGUAUUAACAUUUGUACCCUGAAAAUUUUAGACAGAAAAUAACCCUUUAAAUUAAGGGUUUAAAUCUUUAGUCUUAUUUCUCUGACUUCUUGGGUGUUUGAUAGUAAUCUGAAGUAUUACAAAAUAUUCCUACAUGUUUUACAGCAGCCAUCAGAAUUUUACUUUCUACUGUUUAUUCUAAAAGAAACUUUCUAAUAGACUUUAAUGAACUUUAUAUUAAUACGGAGAGCAUGUACGUAAAAACACACAGUGUCUUGAAUUUAGGUUGCUGAGCUGAGAGUAGAGCUACCAGCUGUUAGAUGCAGUGUAUUUAAUCCUUUUGUUGGAUACAGAAACCCAUGUCAGGACCAUUGUAAGGUUGGUCUUAGCCCAUAUGCUUUUUUCUGAAACACUAAGAGCAGCCACAAAACUGUAAUCUCAAGGAAACCAUAAAGUUUGAAGUGCCUUAACUUUUAACCAAUUUCCAAUAAAAUGGUUUAAUUUUGUUGAAUAUA